CUAUACGCUCAGCUCUGAAAACUAUCGACAUCAACGCUGAACUUUCAGACAGCGGAUAGAGAGAGACAUCAUAGCUUCAAAAAGUCUGACUACAGAAGUGGAACUUUUUACAGCAGUCUCUUUUCUUCAUCUACUCUGGAGAGGGAAAAGGGAGUGCAAGUGUGUUCCAGCUGUGGCGGAGGAGUAAGGAUCCAGAGAGGCUGAGCUUCAGGGGCUGUUUGAGGCUGAGUCACCAUGGGCUAGCCCACGUUGCUGCCGCGCUGUCCGGGCCUAGAUGAGGGGAGCCAAGGAGAGCCAGCAUGACCGUGUACACCCUGAACCUCAGGGUGUUCUGGCCGCUGGUUUUCUGUGUGUUCACAGCCUUCCUGGUGCUGCAACACUCCUUCCGAAGGGGCCCCAACCCUGGGUCUGAUGGAUGUCCUGACCAGACCCUGGGGAUUCUCUCAUUGAUCAAGUUUGCCUUUGCUUUCGGUCUCUGCUACUUCCUCAUCAGGUACUGCUCGUCUCAACAAAGCAAGACCAAGAGGGGCACCCAUGAGGCCCCUGAGGCUCCCGUCAGAGCAGGCUCCUCCAGGAAGGAGCUUCUGGAAGACUACUAUGAGAGGCAGGUGCGCCUGUCACCCCAUGUUCUUGGACACAGCAAGGCACAUGUGGCUAAGCUGGUAAGCGAGCUGGUGAGGGCGGGACGUGCCGAGAUCCCACCAGAGUCCUCUUUGGGUCUUCGCGGAGACUUCGUGCAGAUCGGCAGCGCCUACGAGGAGCACAAGGUGGGCCGUCCCGACUGCUUCGACAUCCUGGUCCCUCUACGGCUCCCCCGCGGCCUGAAGAUGGAGCCCAGCGGCCGUGCCAGAGACAGUGGUGGCCCGCCACUCUGCAUCCUGGAGACUCCUCGCAAGUCAGAGUGGGCGAGGCAGCACAAGGCCUUCACCGAGGCCUUCCUGAGCACCGACAGGGCGGGCGGCGCCUACAGGCUGACCCCAGCGGCGGUGCUGCGCUGGUUCUACCCCACAGUGCAGCGCUGCCUCUCCGCCGUGCGCUACCCCUUUGAGCAGCGCUGCUUGCUGGGCCUGUCGCUGAGCGACGACCGUAUACUGCUGCGCCUCACGCCACGCUCUGACUACGUCUGCUGCCACAUCUCCAUGGGUGUGCGGCUCAUCCCCGCCGUGCCCCUGGGGGACGGCGUGUUUCUGGUGCCGGCGGCGAGGGGGCCCCAGCAAGAGGACCUGUGGACAGUGUACUUCCCCCGGCAGGAGCAGAAACUGCUGAGCUGGCUGAAGGGCAGGGUGCCGUCCGGCUCCUGUCAUCUGAAGUGCCUGCAGAUUGUGAAGGCCGUGCGGGACCUGAGCGGGCAGGCCCUGGAUAGCCGCGGAGGGGCAGAGUGGAGAGCCAUACUGUCCUCCUAUUACCUGAAGACGGCAUGGCUGAGACUCCUGCUGAGCACACCCCCGGAGGCCUGGGAAGACCGUUAUCUCCUGGACAGGCUGGAGGACCUGCUGAGGACCUUAAAGGACAGCCUGCAGCGCCGUAGCUUGGGCCACCUCUUCCUGGGAGGUGACACCGGGCUGCUGCCUGAAUUUCUUGCCUUGCCAAAGCCUUUCAAGGACACAGCUUCGUCCAACCUCUUGGCCAACUUCAACCCGGCCUCUCUGGACCUGGUGUCUGCCCGGCUGGCCUACUCCUGGACGCAUCUGCACAGGCUGAUUCGCCUCGGUUGUCCCCAGAGGGACAGUCUGGCGAGGGGGGUGCGCUGCAAGCACAUGGAUACAGAUAUUACAGACUCCGGGGCUUGAAACCCAUGGAAACUCUCAGUGACCAUGGUAAGACUGUCUGAAUUUCCUCAUCAUGUGAUGGGAAAGAACACCCAGUUCAGAGAUGGUUAGAGCUGUUUGUUGUGAGUCAUAGCCAGCAGUUGUGUGGUAGCUGUUUUCACAAUCUCAAAUGUAUGGCAGACACAGACCUGCAGUACCUGAAGGGACACAUGCAAGAGCCUUCUUGGAAAGAAAUGAUGCAACUGGAACUUGGUUGCGAAAGAUAAUGUAACAUCUUCUUCUGUGUGGCCCAUGGAAUUUGGGCCCUCUUUGUCUGAGACAAGGGGAGCAGGUCAAAGCUAUUACAUAUGAUUUGUAACCAGAACUAAAUAGGCCACGAGCACACU